ACAACUCGCGUCCGCUUCUCUCUCCUCUCUUUUAAACCCUCCGCUCGAAGACACCACCCGGAAAUACGUCGGACUAAACGGCUGCAAAUCUUCUCCGGCAGCGGCACGAAUCCGGCAAUCCGACGCUCCGAAUGGACCCAGGGUACAACCCCAGGACGGUGGAGGAGGUGUUCCGGGACUUCAAAGGCCGCCGCGCAGGGAUAAUCCGCGCGCUCACCACCGAUGUGGAGGAUUUCUUCCAGCAAUGCGACCCGGAAAAGGAAAACCUGUGCCUGUAUGGGUUUCCCAAUGAGAAUUGGGAAGUAAAUUUGCCUGCAGAAGAGGUGCCACCUGAGCUCCCAGAGCCAGCAUUGGGCAUCAACUUUGCACGAGACGGAAUGCAAGAAAAAGAUUGGUUAUCCAUGGUUGCUGUGCACAGUGAUGCUUGGUUGCUUUCUGUUGCAUUUUACUUUGGUGCUCGAUUCGGUUUCGAUAGAAAUGACAGGAAGCGCCUGUUUGGUAUGAUUAACGAACUUCCCACGACUUUUGAAGUUAUUAGUGGGAAGAGUAAAAUCAAGGCACCACCGAGCAAUAAUAACCAUAGCAAUAGCAAAUCCAAGUCCAACAACAAAACGAAAUCAUCAGAGCCUAAGGUGAAGCAGCCAAAGCCGCCGCCGCCACCCCAGGUGAAGGCAGAAGACCCUGCCCCUGCAGAGGAAGGCCCAGCCGCCGACGAGGAAGAAGGUGGUGGCGGUGGUGUCAGCGAGGGUGAGCACGGGGAGACACUCUGCGGCGCAUGUGGGGAAAGCUACGGUCCUGACGAGUUCUGGAUCUGCUGUGACAUCUGCGAGAAGUGGUUCCAUGGCAAGUGCGUCAAGAUCACGGCAGCCAAGGCCGAGCACAUCAAGCAGUACAAGUGCCCGUCCUGCACGGGUGGCGGUGGUGGCAGCGGCGGCAGCAACAAACGAGCCCGCCCGUCCUAGGGGAAGUUGCAAUCGCAGUGUUGUAAACUUGUUUAAGUAGUUGGGUUGUGUAUUUCUGGCUGGCUGCUGUAACUCUAGCAUCCAUUCGUGUUAUUUUAGAGAGGAUUUCAUUUCGCAUUUGCUCUGAACAUUGCAUAAUCGUUACUGUUCCCUAUGGUCUGUGCAGAGGCCUCUGCAGCUUUGCUUGGCCAGUUUGGCCUUAGUGAUCGGAUUGUGUU